GUUGUCAUGCCCAGGGUGGCCGUCGCGCCGACGAUGGCCACAGGACUCGCCCCUGGCAUCCUGUCCAGCCAGCUGGGCCAGGGCUGCGGGCUGGUGCACCCCGCGGGGCUGGCCGUUGGCCGCCCGCCCACCGCCAUGCCCCAGGUGGUGCGUGCUCCGCCAGCAGCCUUCCGGACCCAAGCUGCAG